CUCUCUCAGCGCGGCCGGAAGUGGCCUUUAAAGCUUUGCCUUGUGGGCGGGAAAGGAGGUCACGGCCGCUCGGGUCUUCGCUGUCCGACUCUGGCGACCGUUCGGCAACUUCCGGAGCUUUGGUCAGAGUGUGGGCAUCACCAUGGUUACUGCUGGCCCGCCGGAGGCGUGACGUGGGCACCGUGGGAGGAAGCUGGGGAGUGCUCUGCACGGGCGGUCCUGACCGGUCCUUGGUGAGGCUUUGUUCUUUUGUUCCGGUCUUGUCCGCCCACCCGGCAACAGGUGCGUCUUCCGGCGUAGGAGCCCACGGAGGACGUGGGCCGGACCGUGGGUUCCUGAGUCGCUUCCAGAGUGCGCACCGAGGGGUGUUGGUGCUCGAGGCUGAACUGUGCGUCCCGUCUCGGCUCGAUUUCUGUCCCCGAGGACCCUCUUCCAACCCCAACAACGUGCCUGUCUGAUGCCCCCGCACUACGGGGGCUUCUCCGGGUGCGCGGCCUCAAGACGCGAGAGCACGCACCUGCGCGACGUGGGUGCCGCCGACUCCUGCCUGGGCACGCGUGAUGGCUGAGCCGGACACCUGACCCCGGACCUGCAAAGACACCGCCCGGCGGGCCGGGGUACCUGCACCCCGAGAGGAAGCGGGAUGAGCUGACAUGGAAGAUCCAGCGUCUGCAGACGCGGCCCUUGGCCAAGGGGAAUGCGCCCUGUUCCCAUCAGUCAGUUUCCGGGAAUCAGUGACCUUCAGGGACGUGAUAGUGGACUUCACUCAAGAGGAAUGGAAGCAGCUGGAUCCCAUACAGAGAGAUUUAUUCAGGGACGUGACCUUGGAAAAUUAUACACACUUGGUCUCAAUAGGACUCCAGGUUUCCAAACCGGAUAUGAUUUCCCAGCUAGAGCAAGGAACAGAGCCGUGGAUCCUGGGGCCAGGCCUUCUCGUCGGUGCGUCUGGAGACUUGGAGACAAAAUGUGAAAAUAGGGCGUCAAGCCCAGAAGCAGAGAUUGCUGAGGUGGGAACACACAGCAAGGCUCACCCAUGGAGCUCCAGGUUCCUGGAGACUGUGGCAUCAGAAGGCAGUCUCGAGAGGCAGCAGGCAGAGCCACGGACAGUGUCCAGGGACGUGACUGUGGCCACCCCGGGCGGUGGGGCGCUGCAGGAAGGGUUUGGUAAGGUUGUCAGUGGGAGUUCAGGCACUGGCACUGGCACACAGCGGGAAGAAGCUCCAAAACAGAACUCUGCUAAAACAAGAGUCAAACAGAACUCGAAUCCCGUUAAAAAAGAAAAAUCUUGUAAGUGCAAUGAAUGUGGUAAAGCUUUUAGUUACUGCUCAGCUCUUAUUCGCCACCAGAGAACACAUACUGGAGAAAAACCCUACAAGUGCAAUGAAUGUGAAAAAGCCUUCAGCCGGAGCGAAAACCUCAUAAACCAUCAAAGGAUCCAUACUGGAGACAAACCCUAUAAAUGUGAUCACUGUGGGAAAGGUUUCAUUGAGGGCCCGUCCCUGACGCAGCAUCAGCGGAUUCACACUGGAGAAAAGCCCUAUAAAUGUGACGAGUGUGGCAAAGCCUUCAGCCAGAGGACCCACCUGGUUCAGCACCAGAGAAUACACACUGGGGAGAAGCCAUACACUUGCAACUACUGUGGGAAGGCCUUUAGCCAGAGAGGACACUUUUUGGAACAUCAGAAAAUUCACACGGGAGAGAAACCCUUUAAAUGCGAUGAAUGUGAUAAAACCUUCACCAGGAGCACACACCUUACUCAGCAUCAGAAAAUCCACACCGGAGAGAAGACCUACAAAUGCAAUGAAUGCGGGAAGGCUUUCAACGGCCCCUCCACCUUCAUCCGCCACCACAUGAUUCACACUGGUGAAAAGCCGUACGAGUGCAACGAGUGCGGGAAAGCCUUCAGCCAGCACUCCAACCUCACGCAGCACCAGAAGACGCACACGGGGGAGAAGCCGUAUGACUGCGCCGAGUGCGGGAAGUCUUUCAGCUACUGGUCGUCGCUGGCCCAGCAUCUCAAGAUUCACAUGGGAGAGAAGCCUUACAAAUGCACGGAGUGCGGGAAGGCCUUCAGCUACUGCUCGUCCCUGACUCAGCACCGGAGGAUCCACACCCGGGAGAAGCCCUUCGCGUGCGGUGAGUGCGGCAAGGCCUUCAGUUACCUCUCCAACCUGAACCAGCACCAGAAGACCCACAGCCAGGAGAAAGAAUACGAGUGUAAGGUGUGUGGCAAGGCCUUCAUCCGCAGCUCCUCUCUGGCCAAGCACGAAAGAAUCCAUACCGGAGAGAGGCCCUACCAGUGCCACGAGUGCGGGAAAACCUUCAGCUACGGCUCGUCCCUCAUCCAGCACAGGAAGAUCCACACUGGGGAACGGCCUUACAAGUGUAACGAGUGCGGGCGAGCCUUCAACCAGAACAUCCACCUCACGCAGCAUAAGAGAAUUCACACGGGCGCCAAGCCCUACGAGUGCGCCAAGUGCGGCAAGGCCUUCCGGCACUGUUCGUCUCUCGCCCAGCAUCAGAAAACUCACACGGAAGAGAAGCCUUACCAGUGUGACAGGUGUGAGAAGACGUUCAGCCAGAGCUCUCACCUGACUCAGCACCAGCGCACCCACACCGGGGAGAAGCCCUACAAAUGCACUGAGUGCGACAAGGCCUUCAGCCGGAGCACCCACCUCACAGAGCACCGGAGCACCCACACGGGGGAGAAAGCCUACAGCUGUCAGGAGUGCAGAGAGACGUUCAGCCAGAGCUCGUGCCUGCUCCAGCACCAGAGGGUGCACUCGGGGGAGAAGCCCUUUGGGUGCGCCGACUGCGGGAAAGCCUUCCGGUACCGCUCGGCUCUGAGCAAGCACGAGAGGCUGCAUCCCGGCGUGUGACAGCCCGGCCUAGUGUGCACGGCUCGUCCUCUGCUUCAGUUCCCAGAGGCAGAGUGGACUGAGAAACUGCUGAAGACCCCUUAACUUUUUACUAUCGUGUGAGGCGCCAGGCACCUUAGGCUGGACUAAUGCUCUUCACAGCUUCGGAACAUGGAGAAACUUAACUGUUACGCUUCGCUUUUCUCUUACGAAGUUAGGGACUCAGAGUGAUUGCAGAUUUAAAAACGAAUUCGGAGUUUUGUAGCCACUUUUGUACCUUCACAGUGUAUUCUUGACUCUGUUUACUCUUUGUGCUGCAUCUAGAGGACGUGUUUGUGCAUGCUUCUCCAGUGGGAGGGCUCCGCCUCCGUGACCGGACUCCCUCACACUUAGCUUCUUUAAGUGAGCGGUUCCUAAUAAAGGGAAAUUUACUAUAAAAUA